UCUAUGGCUACCCGCGACUAUGACAGGUAGAGUCUAGACAUGCCUCUAAUAAACCAGUCCGGCCCUUUUUUUCAGGCUGAGCCGCAUAGGAAGUAGGUAUCUAGACUGAUAUAAUCAUUCGCGAAGCCCACACCCCGGAGUCCGCGGUCUUGCCGAUCCCGUCUUGUAGUCUUUAACUAGCACGCUUCCCUUCCGCUGGGGGAACUGUUUUUCACUCUUUACCAUAUCUGACUUGCUUUCGUUGUAGAGCUCUUUAUAUUUGUUUGUUUUAGAGUGGUUACCUUGCUUACCCUUGAAUCUUGAUCGACUUGAAUCUAAUAUCCCUAUCCGCAAUGAGUGACCAAGCCGGGUCUGGCGCCAACGCCGGCAACGACCUCGCCAACGUCGCGAUUUCCUUCAAGGACUGCACGCCAGAGAUAUGUCCUUACGAUCUGUCUUUCUAUGCGUACCGUAUCGACUUAGCACCCAACGCAGUUUUCCUAGCACUGUUCGCCCUCUCCCUCGUCGGCUUCCUCGCCGUUUUCGCCUUCACGCGGCGUGGCCGUAACUUUACUAUUGCUAUGGCCCUCGGUCUCAUCUGCGAGAUCAUAGGAUACGCCGGCCGGAUCAUGAGCUGGCAGAACCAGUGGUCUGAAAAUGGGUUCAUGAUUCAGAUCUGCUGUCUAACCAUAGCCCCGGCCUUCCUCGCCGCCGGCAUCUACCUGUGUAUCCGGAAGAUUGUGUUCGCCUUUGGGCCCGAGAACUCGCGGAUCCCACCUAAAUACUAUACUCGCAUCUUCAUCCCCUGCGACAUCGUCUCCCUAAUCCUCCAAGCCGCUGGCGGUGGUCUCGCCUCCUCCGCCUUCCACACGGGAGAAUCCACAGAUACCGGCGACAACAUCAUGAUCGCCGGUCUCGCCUUCCAAGUCUUCACGCUCUUAGUAUUCAUGCUUCUAUCCAUCGACUUCCUAAUCAAUACUUUGCGCCGGCGCCGAACCCUCGGUUCCGCAGCACUAGACCAGGACCCAGCGCUAAUCGCGAUGCGCAACUCCUGGAUGUUUAAGGCCUUCCCGCCCGCGCUAGCGCUAAGCACCAUCUGCAUCUUCUGGCGUAGUGUGUUCCGCGUUGCGGAGCUGAGUAGCGGGUGGACGGGAUCAUUGAUGGGCCGUCAGGACCUAUUCAUCGGCUUCGAGGGUGUGAUGAUCACUGUCGCUGUCUUAGUCCUGAAUGUCUUCCAUCCAAGCCUGUGCUUCGGCGAGAUUAUGGAUCGGAAGUUUGAGGCUGGCGAUGAUGGUACCCGUAAAGAGAUCCGCCAGAGCGAGUUUGAGAUGCUACCCGAAACCAAGCCUAGUACUGCGACUAGUGUUACUGAUGCUCGUGGUAGUAGUCUGAAUACGAAUGAUGUUGAGCGUGGGGCUUGAGUACGACUAAAUUACGUUGACGUUUAAGAAUUGCGGCGUUCUAGGUACAGGAGCCAGUUGGAUAUACCUUUUCUUUGAUCAUCUGCGAGGCCUUUUGGAUUCCGCUCUUUGAUAUAUCUAGAAUCUAGAUUCGACAAUGCCUUGGGUUGAUUUUUAUUAUUUAUGGAGGGUGAUAUGGACUUGCUAUAGAUUAUCUUAUAAGAUAGGAGGACGAAAUGCAAAGAUCAUAGAUUACUUCAGGGCUUGUAGAAGAGUAAGACAGCGGUAGAACAGUCUCAAACUCUUUAAUCAAGAUACUAAA